UGUAUAUUUAUGUUCUCUCUAUUCAAUACUAUUAAAAUUUGGAGUUUAUAUAAACUAAACUAUAAUUUUAUAUUUUUAUUGAUAUAAACAUUGUAUUUUUUUAAAGAAUUAAUGGAAGCAUGAUUCCAAAACGGAAUUGUAAGCUUCCAACAUGUUUUAAAGAGAAUAUUUUAGAAGCGUUUUGAAAGCGAGAUUCUGUAAGCUUCCACAAGGUUCCAAUUCUGAAGCGGGAAUCGAACAUCCGAUGAAGCUUCCGUGCAACGUAGGACUUAUGCUUUUCAGAAGAAAAAAUGCCUCUAAAUAAAUUAAAAUUGGUUAACUUAAACAAAAUUUGGGGAUCAUGAUCUUGUGUCUUGUACUCUAGUACUCUCUAUGUGGCUCAGAGAUUAUUUUUUUUUAGGUAACAAUGUUAAAGCUUUAUUACCAUUUUUAAAUUUUAGACAUAACUACAAAGAAUACAAAGAACAGAAGAUGCAAGAAAUUAAGCUAAACAACAACUCAAUUUUAGCUAAACAAACAACUACAAGCAAAGCAACAGCAAGACCAUAGGCUACACCAAACUCAGCCCAAACUCCUGCCACAAAAUUGGAACCACAAUUAAAACGAGAACUGAACCAGGUAGAUUUGGUAGUGCCCGGUGACCAGUUCUUAAUGAUUAGCUCCUUAAGAACAUCUCGAGAGAGACCUUCUUAUCGGCAGCAACCAUAGACAGUGAGCAACGCCUGAGUACGCUCACCCGCGUAGACAGAGAUGAGCUUUAUUUGGAGAGAAAGACCACCCCAGACCACCACACGCCAUGGACCUACACCAAGAGACAGAGAAAGCCAACACAACCUCAGUAAAACUAGUAAAUUUGCAUUUUCUCAUGGCCUGGAAUUGUUCGGACGUUUGAUAUCUUUAGGGCAGAUAGGGAUGAUAGUAAAACAAGUAAAUUUGGAAUAUGUAGUGAAUGUAUUUGGUAUAUAUCUGAGUCAGAUCCAUGUCGUAAUCGACGCGGUGGAGGCUCUCUUUUCUGUUUUUCAUGAGUUUCUUAAUCAUAUCAAAAAAUAUUUCUCCUAUAUAUGUUUAUUUCAUAUCAAAGGGAAAACACAUUCUUUCAUAUAUAUACGAUUUCCUUUAUUUUCUUAUUAAUCCUCUUUAACUUGAGUUCAAAGAUUAAAGAAAGAGUAAAUCUGGCAUAUUCACUGUUUUUUUUUAUUUUGCUGAUGUACAUUUGAUGAAACUGAAAUACAACAUUGUAAGUAGAUUCUAGAGCUUUUAUUUUUAUGAUUUGUGUCUAUAUAUUCUUGAAAUUUAUGUAUUUUUAUUUUAGUUUAAAUGUUUUAGGUUUUAUUUGUUUUAUACUAUUAUCUUUUUAUUUAUUUUUUUGCUUUGAUUAUGUUUUGGUUUCUGGUUGGGAUUUCUUAUCAAUUGUGUCAAUUUCUCUAAAUUUCUAUAAAUUUCUCUAAAUUUGAGUUUGUGAUUAUGUAUUAUUUUUUUGUUUUUAUUAUGUUUUGUUUGAUUAUUUAUCAAUUUUUCAUAUAUAUUUUUAUUUUUAUUCUUUUAAAUUAUGUAUUUUUACUAAAUUUUUAUUUGUUCACCAAUUGAUGUAAGAAUAUUUUUGAACUGAAAAUUAACUCUUUAUAUGAAAUAUUUAUAUGUUAUGAAAUGAUUUAUUUAAGGUUUUAAGGUAAAAAAAAAAGAGUGAUGUGGAAUAAUUGAUAAAUCUUUUUAAAUGAUGCUGACCUGUUUCUCUCUAGUUUCUUGCUUGCUAACAUGACAAAAUUUAUUUUAUGUUUGGUUAGAGAAAUUUUUACUUAUUAGAUUUUAUGAUUUUUGAAACAAAUUAAUUAUAUAUUAAACGUGUUGAAAUAUAUUUUACUAUAGCUUGAAGUUGUUUAAAAUUAUUCAUCAAAUCUAUGUUCUUAAAACAAAAUUACUUUAAUCUUUAGUAAAUCAAAUAUAAAUAUAUUAGUAUAACUAUAUUAAUUAAUUUAUUUAUUUUUAUAAAUUAUUUUAUUUUUUAUUUUAUGGUAUAAAAUCACAUAUAACCUAUCAUAGUUUCAAUUUUAUUAAUGUAUACUUAAAUGCUAAAAAUAAAUUAUUUAUUUUAAAGCUGUAUAUUCAUAACUCAAUUAUUAAAUAUUAUAAUAAUUUAGCAUGUAUGAUGAUUAAACUAAAUAUAUAUAUUUUAUUAAAAAUAAAAUUGUAAUCUUUAAAAUAUUAAAGAAUGUAUAUUACAUUAAUGACAAAUAAACUUUCAUAUUACUCUUUAUUUAUUUAUAAAUAAGUGAUUAAGAAUAAUAAAUGUUCUUUAUAUUUAUUAAAUUUAUAAUUUUAUAGUAACUAUUUAUAAAUGUGAUGUUCUUAAGUGUCAAAAUUUUAGAUAUUAUAUUUGAUGAGGUGUCAAUCUUUUAUGAGAAGUAACAACUUUUUAUAUAUAUAAAUUUCAUCUUUGUAAGUUAUCAUUUCUAAUUUUUCACAUCUUUCUUAAACAACAGAUUUGUAUCCCCAUAAAAGAAGAGUAAUUAAAGGAUAUAAUAAUUUUUUUGAAUAUAUAAAUACAAUUUUCAUAAAAACCAUAUAACAAAUUAGUAAAAAACAUCAAUGGCUUCCUCAACAAACAUUCACUUCAUUUUCGUGCUAAUAACAUUUCUAAUUAUCCUUAGAACUUCAUUAUCAUAUGAACACAUUUCAACUGUCGAUGGGAUUUUGCCAUUCUCACCUAAACAUGUUGUGGUCACUAACAAACUGGUUGCACAAUUUGGAUUGCUCGUGCACUGUACGAGUCAAGAGACAGAUUUGGGGGUCAUAUCGGUCUUAAUAGACCAAAGUUUUGAUUUCAGAUUUCGUGUUAAUAUUCUUAAAACAACGAAAUUUAGUUGCAUUUUCUCGUGGCCUGGAAUUGUUAGGACGUUUGAUAUCUUUAGGGUCGAUAGGGACGAUAGUUCAACAAGUAAGUGUGGAAUAUGCAGUGAAUGUAUUUGGAACAUAUCGGAGUCAGGUCCAUGUCGUAUUAGACGUGAUGGAGGCUCUCCUUGCUGUUUUCCAUGGUCUUCUUAACCAUAUCAAAAUAUUUAUCCUUACUUCUUUCAUAUGAAGGAAAAUAAACUAUUUCAUAUAUACAACAAAUAAAGAUUUUUUAGAGAAGAUAUAAAUAAACAUUUCUACUAUAUCAAUCUUUUUUAAAAUUGUUUGAAAUGGUUGACCCAUAUUUGUCACUUUUCUCUUCUAAUAAUUGUUAGUUUUCAUAUACCCAUGACAUUUCAUUCUGUUUGUUUAUGUUCUCUCUAAGUCCGAAACGAGAUUUAAUGAUGUUUGUGGUGGAUCUACAAAGCUAUGUACAACAAUCAUGAACCGUUCAAAGGAAAGAAAAAUAAAAUAAAAUAAAGAGACUUUGUAGAUCCACCACAAAUAUUUAUACAUAAGAGUAUCUUGUAUUUUGUGAGAAUACAAUAGGAAAAUGGAGCUUUUAAAAAUAAUUCCAAAAUUUUAUUGUAUAUCCAUAUAUAUAUAUAUAUAUAUAUAUAUAUAUAUAUAUUCCAUUUUCACAUUAUGGAGCUCUAUAAAGUUGUGAUACACGAUAAAUGUCCAUUAGGAUAAAUAUCAGAACCUACUAAAUGUGCAAACCUUACAGUAUGGUCUCAACAAUGCAUGAUAGAUUCUGUUUAACCAAAUUAAGUUAAUUAAAGAAGAAAAGGUUACCCAAAAAUUCCAACAAAGAUAAAUAAAAAUAAAGAGUGUUGUGUGAAAUACGAAUGUUUCUAUUUCCAUAUACUUUGUCUUUAGAAACCUUGAACUCAAAGAAUCAAGUAUGCGAUGCCUAAGGGUUUGAUCUCAUUCCUCUUCCUUCCACUCUCACGACAAAGCAUCCAAUAUUUUUCUUUCAUUUUUACCUCCUCUUUCUUAUUUCGUUUGUCUUUCUUUCAGUGGUUCACUUGCUUGUAGAGAAGAAUCUUUGUAUACAUAUCUAGCCAUAGAUCUUGACACAUGUCUAUUAAUAUACAAAGAAAGCUAGUUACUUCCUUUUCCUUCUGUGCACAGCUUCAUUUAUUUUGCAUGUUAAUUAGUCCUUUGAUUUCCAUAUGUCCCGUAUUCAAUUUGAAAUAGAUUAUCCAACAACAAGAAAAUACAUUAUGGAAAUUUCUCUAGUAAAUUAAACAUGUCAAUUUAACAAAGCGUAAGAAGUUAUAAUUAAGGCUGAUUAUAAACUUUUAUAAAAGAUCAUCAAUUCUAACUUAAAACUGUUAAAUGAAAACAAAGUGUAUUAUGUUUUCAAAAGUUUCAAAGGAUCAUCAGUGGUGACAUAUCCAUGUUGAAUAUCUCAUGAAAAAUAUUAAUAUUUUUAAUCUUUAAUUAAGUAAUUAAACUUUUAAAAGGUGAACCAAUUAAAAGUGACAAUUCCUGCAAUAGGAUCUAAGAAACUUAUAGAGAAAUUGGGACAUAUACAUACACAUAACAAUAUUUAUAAUUAAGUGAGUAA